AUGUCUGAUGAUGAGGUUAUACGUUUUGAAAUCACCGAUUACGAUUUGGAUAAUGAAUUCAAUCCCAACAGAAGUCGUAGGGCUAAAAAGGAACACCAAAUAUACGGUGUUUGGUCGAAAGAUAGUGAUGAUGAGGAAAAUGAAGAUAAUAUAAGGCGACGUAUUCGUAAACCGAAGGAUUUCUCAGCUCCAAUUGACUUUGUAACUGGCGGAGUGCAGCAGGCCGGCAAGAAGAAAGAUGAAAAGCAAGACAUACAAAAAUCGGAGACUUCAACAUCUCGUCCCAAGUUUUCGGAUAGUUCAGAUGAUGAAGUAAUGGAACCCGAGGCUCGGGAGACAGCAGGGAUAAGAAAAGCUGGACAGGGAUUGAGAUCGGGACAAAAUUUAGGCGGAGUAGGAGCUUGGGAAAGACAUACAAAAGGAAUCGGAGCUAAAUUAUUAUUACAGAUGGGUUACCAACCUGGCAAGGGUCUUGGUAAAGAACUUCAAGGUAUUUCCGCACCAGUUGAAGCUACAGUCAGAAAGGGCAGAGGUGCUAUUGGUGCAUAUGGACCUGAAAAAGCUGCGCAAAAAGCUAAAAAGGAAGAACAGAAGCGGCUGAAGGAAAAAGAAGGUGAUAAAAGUGAAACGGAAAAGAAUUAUAACUGGAAGAAAUCACAUAAAGGCAGAUAUUUCUACCGAGAUGCUGCCGAUGUUAUACAAGAGGGUAAACCCACCAUGCAUACUAUUAGCAGUAAUGAGCUGGCUCGUGUGCCAGUGAUAGAUUUAACUGGUCGGGAAAAGAAAGUAUUGAGUGGUUACCACGCAUUAAGGGCAGCUGCACCAAGAUAUGAACACGAACCACGUAGAGAAUGUACUAACUUCGCAGCACCAGAACUCACUCAUAACUUGCAAUUGAUGGUGGAUUGUUGUGAACAGGAUAUUAUUCAAAACGCUCGCGAGCUCCAACAGUCUGAAGAUGAGAUCGUGGUGAUAGAACGUGACCUUGAACAGUGUAAGAUAAAGUUAGGUGAAGAAGAUGACGUCAUCAAGACGUUGGAGGGGAUAUUAGCGAGGGUGGAAGUAUUGAACAGACCGGACGCAUCGCUAGAGAUGGGCUAUGAAGUACUGAGAGAUCUUAAGGAGACAUACCCAUUGGAAUAUGAAAUGUUUAGUUUGGGUAAUAUAGGGGGUAAUAUAGUGAGUCCCCUAUUUAGUGCUAUGAUGGCCUCGUGGAGCCCCCUGACGGACCCCGGGGGCGCAGCACCCGUGUUCCUUAAGUGGAGGCCCCUUCUGACAGAGGAGGCCUACAAUAAUCUGCUGUGGCAACACUUUGGGACUAAGAUUGAAAUGACCGUUGAAGAGUGGAAUCCUCGCAACCCGGAACCCAUGGUGCAAGUAUUCAAGUCGUGGAUGUCUGUAUGUCCCCCGUGGCUGGUGGGGUCGUGUGUGUCUCGCCAUGUGCUGCCCCGCCUGGGGGCCGCGCUGAGGGACUGGGACCCCACGGGGGACACGCAGCCCCUACACCUGUGGGUGCUGCCCUGGCAUGAGUUCGCUGGUGAAGCUCUGAACGCGUCAGUGUAUCCGUUGAUUCGUUCCCGCCUGUCGUCAGCGUUGGCUGCCUGGCACCCCGCAGACUCGUCUGCCAGACCUCUACUGGCUGUGUGGCGAAGUGCGUGGGGCCCCGCGCUCACUACACUCCUACAUCAUCACAUUGUACCCAAACUGGAGCACUGUUUGCAGAACGCGCCUUUAGAACUUGUUGGAAGGGAAAAUACCGCCUGGCUAUGGUGUGUGGAUUGGGUGGAGUUGAUCGGCGCUCCGACUAUAGCUAGCCUGGCGGGUCGAGCUCUACUGCCUCGCUGGCUGGCAGCACUGGCCGCUUGGCUGAACACAUCCCCACCACACGCCACUGUACUCAACUCAUACACGGAGUUCAAGAAAAUGUUCCCGGAAGAAGUUCUCAAAGAGCCGCCCGUACGUGAUGCAUUCCGUAAAGCUUUGGAUAUGAUGAACAGAAGUACGGACAUAGACUCCAUAGAACCACCCCCACCACCGCGCUUCACUAUUCCAGAAACAAAAGAAACUUCUAGAAUAAGCGAUGUUCUAGCAACUAUAACGCAACAGAAGAGCUUCUCAGAAUUACUAGAAUCUAGAUGCAUUGAAAGAGGAAUUACUUUUGUACCUAUAGUAGGAAAAAGUAGGGAGGGCAGGCCUUUAUAUAAGAUUGGUGAUUUACAGUGCUAUGUGAUCAGAAAUGUUAUUAUGUAUUCAGAUAAUGGCGGACGAAGUUUUGAUCCGAUAGGUCUGGAUAGACUUCUGAGUUUGGUUGAUGAUUAA